GUAGAUUUUUAUAAUGUAGUAUUUGUAGUUAUUUGGAGCACAAAAAAUGAAAAAAUCAUUCGUGAACUCAGCACCAAACCAAAACCCUAGCCCUAGGUUCCUUGCCGCCACUUCUUCCUCUUCCCCUGUCCGGAACCCAGGUAGCUCGGCACGUCGCCCCAUCCUCGUGGCUUGGAGCAGUUCGCCGUCGGGUCGCCGCUUGCCGUCCGUGUCUCCGUCGAAGUUAAAUCCACUGGAUGCAAAAGUUUUUCUACCUGAUGAUAUGUUUCAACAACUAUUUUCUAAAAGAAUUUCAUCAAAAGAGCUUAGUGAUGUUCCUAAUGGCCCAUCAACGACCAGUGUUGCUCCAAAUAACAAGUUGCUAGAAGAAGAGGUGAUGAACAAGUUGGAAGAUAUCAAGUUGGCCUAGUGGAACAGUAUUCAGGUUAUACGAGGAAGAGGAGAAGAUAGAAGUAAUGCAAAAACUGGAAUCGAUUCUUAAAAGACUCAUGUCAUUGCAAAAAUACUUUUUUUUUUAAAUAGCAUUUUUUUUCUAUUUUUAUGUUAUUAUUAAUAGCUUUUCUACCCAAUAGUUUAUGCUAAUAAUAAAUGGAAUACAAUUGUAUUUUCUGUUAAAUGAAUAUGUUAUUUGUUUCCUA